ACAGUCGACAAGGGGGAGUUUCUUCUUGCAAAGCGCAUGCAAUCCCUACAAAAAUUCCCGGUGACUUCAGAUCCAAGGAGGUGGUGAUAUUCACGAGAGCACGAUACAAACUCUCUCACUUGGGUACCAGUACAGUUUCAGUCCUGGAGCCAACGCACUGCUCUUUUUGCGUCUCUUUUCUUGUUUAACAUAAGCUAAAAUAGAUUUUAAAAAGCGCUGGAAGGAGCACAGCAUAGAGCUUCUCAUUUUUGGACUGUAGAUAGGUGUUGAUUUCAUAACCUGAAACUUUCGGCGUUAGUCUUACCUGGGCAUUAUGAAGAGGUAUCCAGGCUUUUUCACUGCUGUGAGAGGAUGCCUUAUUGUUAAGCUCAGUAGCUAACCGCGUAUUCUUUUUAAAUUUUUGCUCAUAUUUUAGUGGCUCUUGAUAAAAUUGUAACGUGAUCUGCCCAUUUUCGCGGUAGUUUCAAAACUUUGCAUGCCCAAUAUGGACCGCACAAGAUUAGCUGUUUUAAUGAUUUUGACUGCUGCAUUCGUGCGAGUUGGUGACAGUCACAGGGACCCAGCAGGUGGGAGGAAAGAGAGUGAGAGGGCAGACCCGGCGCCCUGGGACCAGCAGCACUCCCGGGUCAUGAGCAUGGGUCAUUUGCCAAGGGGACUGGAAGACGGUGCAUCCUUCGGACUAUUCGGUGAAACCGCUCUUGGGACCGGCCAGUCUCGGACUCUGGCCCGCAUGCCUAGGGGCACAUCAUCUCAGGAGAAUGCCAGGCACACACCCAAAGCAGAGCCAGCUCAUGCUGCAGGCGCCUCCUGGGAUAGUCAUGCCUCUGCGCCACGGGAUAGUGCGCUGCGCACCGCCAAGCACACAGGCGGCCAGCAGCACAGAGCCAGAAUGAACCGCAGGCAAAGCAACAAGUCCAGCUCUGCCAGCAAAGGAAGGCUUACUGGACCUAAUGUCUGUGGAGGUCAGCAGUGCUGCUCCGGUUGGGCGUUCGCACCAGGAACAAGUCGCUGCAUAAAACCUGACUGCCAGCCCCCCUGUCAAAAUCGUGGCUCCUGCAGCCGGCCACAUACCUGUGUGUGUCGCUCAGGCUUUCAGGGGCCCCGCUGUCAGAAAGUGGCCCCGGAGCAGGUGUACAUCCGUGAGGGAGGCUCCCUGAGGCGCAUUCAACCCGGCACCAACCCCUUCCAGAAAGACCAAGAACAGAGAAGGCCCUCAGAAAGGCAGGUGGAGACCCCACAACCUGCAGCCACUAGACAUCCUGUGACCCAAGUGAGACAGGGACCCUCUGACUCCUCCCGUCAGCAGAGCGGGACCUCCCGCACUGUGAAACGUUAUCCGGCAUCCUCCGGGCCUAUCACCUCCAAUGCUUUACCCGGUGGCAAUGGCUACGCUAACAGCCACGGUGGUGAGCACAGGAACUGGCACAGACACAGAAAUGGGCAAAGCAGCGGGCAGCCCUCCAACACUCACAGGCUGAACAGUGACAAGCAGCUGCACGAUGCAAUUUUACCUGCAGGGGCCAACCUCACUUCCAGCCUGGACCGCAUUAAGAUCGUUUUCACGCCUAUGCUGUGCCGUAGGGUGUGCAGCAACGGCCACUGCUACAACAGCUGUGAGAAGGGAGAGGUUACCACUGUCUACAGUGAGACCUCACAGCAGCAGCCGUCAAAGAACCAGGGCUUCAGACUCUUCUUCUGUCAGAUCCCCUGCUUAAACGGAGGCCGAUGCAUUGGCAGGAACCUGUGCUGGUGUCCAUCAAACUCAACAGGAAAGUUUUGUCACCUGCCAGCCCCGCAUCCUGUCAGACCCACCCCUCACAGACGCAAGGAUACCAGCCACCACUCUAUGUACACGCUGCCACUGUCCAAUCAACUAGUGUCUCUCCACCCAUCCUUGGUGAAUGUAUAUGUUCAGCACCCUCCAGAGGCAGAGAUCCAGAUCCACCAAGUAGCUCGGGUCCAGACUGAACAGAGACCAACUACCACAGAGGGGACUCACUCUGUCCAACAGCGCUCCCAACCAGGGAAUGGACACGAACACACUGAUGAGCAGAGCACCAGGCACCCACACACCAAUGAGAAUGGAAAUGGUCAUGACCAUGCCAGACCGCAGAACCGUCAGAAUGGACAUGUGGGAAGAUGCUUUCAGGAAACAGUUGAUGGACAGUGUGGCAAGCCUCUGCCAGGACUAACCAAACAGGAUGAUUGCUGUGGAAGUGUGGGCGCCUCCUGGGGGCUAAACAAGUGCCAGAAGUGUCCAGCCAAACCAGCUUAUACAGUGAUUGCGAAUGGACAGGUGGAAUGUUCCAAAGGGUUUAAAAAGACAAAUUUCACACACUGUCAAGACAUCAAUGAGUGCCAAUUGCCUGGAAUCUGUAAGAAUGCUGAAUGUCUCAACACCAAAGGAAGCUACAGGUGCACAUGUAAACCAGGCUACAUGUUAGAUGCCGCCAGGAGUCACUGUGUCUCGGACAAAGCAGUGUCUGACCAGAGGGCACUGUGCUACCGAUCAGUAUCAGCAGGCGCAUGCUCUCUGCCACUUGCUCAACACAUCACCAAGCAGAUCUGCUGCUGCAGCCGAGUGGGCAAGUCUUGGGGACCUGGGUGUGAGCGCUGUCCUUUACCAGGAUCAGAACAUUUCAAGGAGAUCUGCCCAGUUGGUCAUGGAUAUACAUACUCGCGCUCUGAUGUGCAGAUUUCUCUCAGACAGCUGGAGGAAGAUGAUCUGCAGAGCACAGGAGUAUCAUGGGAGGAGCCUCCGUCCCAGCCUUCACUGUGGCCCAGCUGGCCACAGUUCCCCAGCUACCCACAGACACCACAAGUACCGCAGUACCCUGAGGUGCCACAAGUACCCCAUUAUCCUCUGACGCCACAGCUGCCUCUCCAUCCCUCACACCCAGCCAGAGAGGCAUCUAAACAGCCAGAAGAUGUGGAAAUUCUGAGCCCGCCAGCUGUUGUGACUGACUCACCACUGAACUAUCCAGAAAUGUCUCCAGACUCUGGCAUCAUCAACCUGAGGCCAGAUUCAAAGGACACAACUCAAACAGACUCAGCCACAGGUAUUGACAAGUGUGUCACCAUCCCCACCAUAUGUGGUCAUGGAAAAUGUAUUCCCGUGCAGACCGGCUACACCUGCCAGUGUGAACUCGGCUUCAAGCUCAGUGCACUGCAGACCAACUGCAUUGAUGUGAAUGAGUGUGACGAGGACCCGUGUGAGGGGAAGGGCCGCUGUAUAAACAGCUAUGGCUCCUACACAUGUCAGUGCCACAGCGGUUAUAGCCAGGUGAUCACCCAGAACAGGAAGUUCUGUCAAGACAUUAAUGAGUGCAGCAUGCCCAACAAGUGCCAGAAUGGAAAAUGUGUCAACACAGAUGGAUCUUACACAUGUGAAUGUAAUAGUGGCUACACCAAGUCUUGGAGAGGCCUCUGUGAAGAUGUAGAUGAGUGCAGAGACCCUAGCUCCUGUCCCAGCGGUGUCUGCGUCAACACUCUUGGCUCCUUCCAGUGCCAGGACUGCAGCCCGGGGUUCAGGCCUGCUGGUGAAAGAUGUGUGGAUGUAAACGAGUGCUUGGACAAAAUGGUGUGCGGUCAUGGUAGGUGUGUCAACACAGAGGGUUCCUAUAGGUGCAACUGUUUCCAAGGCUACCAACUCUCACCGGAAAACAUUUGCCAAGAUGUGGAUGAGUGCGAGCUCCUGGGAGUCUGUCUCCAUGGCCACUGUGUCAAUCUGGACGGCACCCACAAAUGCACCUGUAACCAUGGUUACCAAGUCACUUCAGACAGCAAAGCUUGUGAAGAUGUGAAUGAGUGUACCCUGGGAGACAUGUGUCUAGGUGGGGUGUGUGUCAACACAGAGGGAUCCUACACCUGCACCAGAUGUAAAGCUGGCUACAGGGUCUCUCAGGACCGGAAAAGGUGUGAAGAUAUUGAUGAGUGCCAGUUCCUGUCUACCUGUGCCAAUGGAAUCUGUCUAAACUCAGAAGGAUCUUACACCUGUGAGACCUGCCCUAAAGGAUACAGGGUCUCAUAUGGUGGGGAACUCUGUGAAGAUAUUGAUGAGUGUGCGCUACCCACCACAUGCCCCCAGGGAACAUGUACAAACACUGAGGGUUCCUUUAUAUGUAUCAUCUGUCAGCACGGUUUCAGAGUCUCUGAGGACAGACAGAAGUGUGAAGAUGUGGAUGAGUGCUUGGUGGCUAACAUGUGCCCUGGCCAGCUGUGCUUGAACACCCCAGGAUCCUACAAUUGCAGGAGCUGUGGAGCCGGCCUGCAGCUGACUGUGGAUGGUUACAUUUGUGAAGACAUUGAUGAGUGCCAGACCCCAGGUGUGUGCCCCACAGGUGUUUGCACCAACACAGAAGGCUCCUUUUCCUGCAUGGCCUGUGACCCAGGCUUCACACUGGCACCCAGUGGGCUCUCAUGUGAAGAUGUGAAUGAAUGCAAGGAGCCUGUUACGUGUCUGCGAGGCCAGUGCACCAACACCAUCGGUUCCUAUAGCUGCUCUUGCCCCAGUGGUCUGGAGUUGGCGGAUGACAUGUCCUGCAGAGAUAUCAAUGAGUGUUUAACUAUCGUGGGGAUCUGUGGAGAAGGAGACUGUCUAAACACUGAGGGCUCCUACACAUGCGUCUGUCCUAAUGGAUAUACCACCAUCGAUGAAAGGGCUGGCUGCCAAGACGUGGACGAAUGCAGUAAAGACAAUGUGUGCAUUCGGGGCCAGUGUCUCAACACUGAUGGCUCUUUCCUGUGUUUGUGUGAGGCUGGUUUCAAGUUAAACGCUGACACAACUGACUGUGAAGACCAGAAUGAGUGCAAGGAGUUUGGAAGCUCAGUGUGUGGUACCUGGCUCUGUGAGAAUACCAUCGGCUCCUACCGGUGUUUCAUGGGCUGCCAGCCUGGCCUGGGGGAAGAAGAUGCCACAGGCUGUGAUAUUGACGAGUGCAUCAAUGAAACCAUCUGUGGGAAUCAUGGCUUCUGUGAGAACACAGAUGGCUCCUUCCGUUGCCAGUGUGAUCAAGGCUACACCAACCCACCUGGUGAUACAGGCAGAUGUGUUGACGUGAAUGAGUGCGAGAUGAGCUUGGCGGUCUGUGGGGAGGCCCUGUGUGAGAAUGUCGAUGGCAGCUUCCUGUGCAUCUGCCCCAAUGACAAUGAGGAAUUUGAUCCCAUCACCAGCCAGUGCCACUCCCUGGCCACUGUUGGUGACCAGAAGCCUUCUGCUCGCGUCCGUCCAUCUACUCCCUCAGCUCAGGAGAGAAAAGAGUGUUACUAUAACUUGAAUGAUGUCAACUUCUGCGACAAUGUCUUGUCUCGCAACACCACUAAACAGGAGUGCUGCUGCACUGUGGGGGCAGGCUGGGGGGACAACUGUGAGAUCCAUGUCUGUCCUGUCCAAGGAAGAGAUGAAUAUAACCAAUUGUGCCCCCAUGGCAGUGGAUUAUUAUCACUGCCGGGUUUCUCUACACAAAGUCUGGGAGAACGGGCUUACAUAGAUGCAAAUGAGUGUGAGAUGUUUGGAUCAGACAUUUGCAAAAAUGGAAAGUGUUCAAAUCUCUUUUCUGCCUAUACCUGCUACUGUCGCUCAGGCUUCUACUACGACAACAUCCGACUUGAAUGUAUGGAUUAUGAUGAGUGUGAACGUGAAAAUGUCUGUGAGGAUGGAGCAUGUGUGAACACAGCCGGGUCCUUCAGCUGUUUCUGUAGUCCUCCGCUGGUCUGGGACAGCACACAGCAGCGCUGUGUUAGCCUCAACACCACAGAAGAAACUCUAGAGUUUGAUCAAGAUGUGCACAUGGAUAUUUGCUGGCGGCAUCUGGAGGCAGACAACAUGUGUUCAGAUCCCCUCCAAGGCCACAGAACUACAUACACUGAGUGUUGCUGCCUGUUUGGCUUGGCCUGGAGUGGACAGUGUGCCUUCUGCCCCAGGAGAGACUCUGAUCACUAUGCAAUAAUGUGCAACCUUCCUCGGAGAGAAGGUACUGACAGUUUGCGAGAGCGGGAAGGAUAUGAGUAUGGCGUGGAUGUGCCAGAGGAACCUGUGGAGUCUUUUCUUCCUCCAUACUGGGACAGUUACGGUAGCCCUGCAGGACCCUAUUGCAUUCCUGAAAGUGUUCCUCUCUUCACUGACAAUGACUACAGUGUUGAUCAGUCACCUGCCCGUGUCCCAAUCCCACAACCACAGGAGCACCAGCCACGACCAGUGGAUUCCUAUGCUGGUGGGCAUAUACAUCCUUCAUUAUAUGCAAGGACAGACACGCGCUACGACAGCUUUGAGGGUCUCCAAGCAGAGGAAUGUGGCAUCCUGAAUGGAUGUGAAAAUGGCCGUUGUGUCCGUGUACAAGAGGGCUACACCUGUGACUGCUUCGAUGGAUAUGAACUUGACCUAAACAAGAUGGCCUGUAUAGACAUAAACGAGUGUGAGGACAUCAGCGACAAGGUGCCCUUGUGUCAAAAUGGGCAGUGCAGCAACACAGAGGGAUCAUACAAGUGCACCUGUUUGCCAGGAUUUGUGGUGUCUGCCCAGCCGCACAAAUGCAUCCCAGCGAUCCCGGAGUCUGGGCUUAGGAAGACAGGAAAGUGAGAGGGUGACUAUUGGAGUGCUGGCUUCUGCUGCUCCCUCAAAGAUCACCUUACACCCUUCUGCCCUAUUCCACAAGUGCCUGGCACUGAAUCUCCAACGGUACCACUGAAAUGUCCAGACCCAUUUCCUUACAUACACACACAAAUGCAUACACACAUAAGCAGACACACACACUUAUAUUCAACACAAAACAUAUUAAUAUCCCCUCAUACACAUUUAAGAGUAGAGAGAGAAUUGUGCAGUGAAUGUAUUAACAUGGGACUUAAUAUUCACCAGAAAUCCAUUUGCCUUAAAGGGAUUUUGUAGACUGAUCUUUAUUAUUCAGUAACCCCAGGCAAUCUGAUAUGCAGAUAUAUUUUCCACAUUAUUUUCACUUAUUUUAUUGUUGUGUUAUUUAUUUCAUUUACAUGACGGGUCUCUGCAAACUAAGGAAACAACCUAUUUCAGAGAGAAUACUUAAUUUCUCUUGUUUUAUUUGUCUCGCCAAAUGAUUCAGAGACAACAUGAGAUAAUAAAUGUCAUACAAAUUCAGCACUCAUAAAAUAGCCCAACUGACCAAUAAUAUCUUGCUCAGUCACUGUAAUUAACUUUGACCCUGGACUAAAGUGAUGCCAAAGUUGACAAACAUCACAAGUUCAAAGAAAGACCUUUUCCCACAGCCACCUUUCUAUGCCUUAAGAUGAACUAACUACAGUCUGAGGAUGAAGAAUGUCUGGACCAAGAACUGGGGAGUCAGCCAAACUUUCACACGAACAGCUUCAGUGUUUAUGUGGACAUGGAAGGACUGUAGAUGUACAGUAUAUGAUGAGCUACAGUACAUAAUGUUAAAAAAAGGUGCAAAAGGUAGAAUGUGCUUUCCUCUGUUUGCUACCAUUUUCACAAGCUUAAUUCCAGCAAUGAAGUAAGAAAACAUGGACUCAGUUGCUGAUACCAGUUUUUUUUCCCCCCUUUGAGCAGUAUUAACUUGUAACUUGUUUUAUAUUUGUAUACAUAGCAUCUGUUCUGUGACUUAUAGAAGUUUGAUACUAGGCUACCUUCUGGUCUAACUUAUGAACCUACAAGGUAAGGUAGUUAAAAUGAUCCAAAAAUAGCACUGCUUUAAGUGAAAUAUUGGUUUUAUGUACCAGUGUCACACAGGAAAAAGGAUUAUUUUUUCUAAUCAUGCACUUGCAACGCAAAUCAGGCCAUUCCCAUGUUUGCAUCCGAAUCCAUGUAGAGACAAAGGCUUCACUGGAGAGGUUUGGUAUAUUUUGUACAGAUCUAGUACUAUGUGUUAUUGUUGUUACACCUUUUCUUACUGCAUUAUAGCGCAACAAAUAUUUUAUUUGACAUAAAACAUAAAACGCAAGAAAAAUCUGGCAUUAAAGCUUUGUAGAUUUUUAUGUCUGUAAAAAUGUUUUUUUUUUCUUGUUAUGUAUAAGGAGAGUGGCUGACACUGUAGCAGAGGAACUGUGUGCAUACCCUGCCCUGUGGAGCAGACCAUGAACUAUAUUUUUUGAAGUGGCAGCACUGUUAUAAUUGGUCUUCGAGUUCAUUACAAAGAAAAAAUGCUUUCAAAAUGCAACUUGGCUAAAUAUUAGUCAUUAUUUCUUUUAGUAUUUGUUGGAUCCUUUUUUCAUGAACGUAUCACAAACAGUAUCAGCCUGCUUAUGCAGUUUAUCAAUUCCAACUCACAUUUUUUUUCUCUUUUAUUUAGGUUUAUUGCAUUACUUGAAUAACGGACUGAAUUAUUCAACAAAUCUCAGCAGCACAGAGUCUAAAUCUAGCUGUAGAGGACAACUAGAGUUGAUGACUUGCGCCAUUAACCUGCAUUCAUAACCUGUAUACAUACAGUUGUACAAAUGUUUCCUUCUCUCUUCAGCUGUACUGUACUUUACUGUGCUGUGGAAAGCACUGCUUGAACUGGACCGGAGGUCUAACAUUGAAUAACUUGAUGUUUAAACUUAAUGUUUUGUUUUAAAGUUGUGGUCAUUGCAAAUAUCAUGCUCAUUCGUUUUGUUUACCUCUUGACUGUAAUCGCUAUCAGUCAUCAAAAUAAAAACAUAGAACAUA